UCUCACAUCUCCAACCGUGGUCAAAAUGCCGUCCGAAGUCUCAGAUAUCAAGCAGUUCCUGGAGAUUUGCCAGCGCAAGGAUGCCAAAGUUGCGCGGGUAAAGAAGAACACGAAGAGCAAUCAAAUCAAAUUCAAGGUCCGAUGCCAGCGAUACCUCUACACCCUCUCCAUGAAGGACGAUGAGAAGGCCGAGAAGCUGAAGAAGAGCCUGCCCCCAAGUUUCGAUGUCAUCGAUGUCCCCGCGGACAAGAAGAAGAGCAAGAAAUAGGCGUGCUACAUUUCCGAUGAACGAAUCAUGGACGUCAAGGGCGUGCUGAGACGGAGGAAUGCGGAUCAUGGAGUUAUGGUUCCUAUCAUGGCUUGGCCUGGAUGUUCAAUACAUAAUGAGCAUUCCCUUGUAGUUAAAGGUCAAAACGGAACGGAUUAUACCAACUAGCAUUUGUCAUGUCAAAAGCCGUCCAAUCCUGGUCAAUACGCAAUACAAUGUGUGUGAUAUCCCUGUGAAGCUUCGACCAUGAUUUGACCUCUUCCCCUCGUUCACUUCUUGUCUAAGUCAAUAUAUAUCAUCUUGACUAGAAGAAUCGUCGCUAUCUCCUGGAAGCACAAUGAGGUAUAUAUGAUCACUGAUCCGCUUCAGGGCUUGACCGACUGGUCGUCCAAC